AUGAAGAAAUCACAGGAACAAGUGUCAUUCAAAGAUGUGUGCGUGGACUUCACCCAGGAAGAGUGGUAUCUGCUGGAUCCUGCUCAGAAGAUACUAUACAGAGACAUGAUGCUGGAAACGUACAGCCACCUUGUCUCAAUAGGGUAUUGCAUUACUAAGCCAGAAGUGAUCAUCAAGAUAGAACAAGGAGAAGAGCCCUGGAUAUUAAAGCAAGGAUUCCCAAGCCAGUGCCACCCAGAAGACUGGAAAGUUGAUGACCUAAUAGAGAGCAGCCAAGAAAAUGAAGAUGGACAUUUUUGGCAAUUUGCUCUCACCACCAACAAAACAUUAAAUAUACAUGGUGAUAGAGUAAGGAAAACUUUCAAUCUGGGUAAAGACUGUGUUUCUUUAAGAAAUUUUUCAUAUAAGAUAUGUACCUCUUGUGAAAUGAGUUUGAAGAAUAUUUCAGACUUAAUUAUUAGUAGACAGAACUAUUCUGGUACAAAACCUGCUAAGUUUAAUUUAUAUGAGAAAUUGCUCCUUGAUAUUAGUCAUGAGAAAACUACUGGAGGGAAAUCAUAUAACUAUGAUCAAGAAAGGAAUAACCUUAGUCAUGGCCAGGAUCUUACUCAGUUAAUUUUUGACCAGCCUUCUGAGUAUCAUGAAAAUGGACAAGGAUUACAAGAAGAGGCUGCCUUUUUCUCAAACAAGAUAGCUCAGAUAGGAGAGACACUCUGUGAAUAUAAUGAAUGUCAAAGAACUUUCAUCCAAAAUUUAAAGCUCAGUUUAUCUCAGAGAACUCAUGUAGAAAGGGGCCCUUAUGAAUGCAGUAUUUGUGGGAAUUCCUUCUGUAUGGAUUUAACAUUGGGACAUCAGAGAGCUCUUACAGGGGAGAAUCCUUAUGAAUAUAAUGCAUAUGAUCAAAUUUUCAGUGACAAUUCAACUUUCAUUAUUCAUCCAAGAACUUACACAGGGAAAUUUUCCCAUGAAUAUAAAGUAAGUCACAAAAUGGGGGCAAAAUCAGCCCUCUUUAAACAUCAGAAAGUACAUGUGGGAGCACUAUCUUAUGAGCACAAGAAGAAUGGAAAUAAUUUCAACAAGAAGUCACAUAUCACACAACCUCGGAGAGCUCGCUCAGGAGAAAAAAGUUUUGAAUGUGCUGAAUGUGGAAAAACAUUUUGGGAGAAGUCAAACCUCACUCAACAUCAGAGAACACACACAGGAGAGAAACCCUAUGAAUGUGCUGAAUGUGGGAAAUCUUUUUGUCAGAAACCACACCUGACCAACCAUCAACGAACACAUACAGGAGAAAAACCUUAUGAAUGUAACCAGUGUGGAAAAACAUUUUGUGUGAAGUCAAACCUCACUGAACAUCACAGAACACACACAGGAGAGAAACCCUAUGAAUGUAACACAUGUGGAAAAUCCUUUUGUCACAGGUCAGCACUAACUGUACAUCAGAGAACACAUACAGGAGAGAAACCCUUCAUAUGUAAUGAAUGUGGGAAAUCCUUUUGUGUGAAGUCAAACCUCAUUGUACAUCAAAGAACUCACACGGGAGAGAAACCGUAUCAAUGUAAUGAAUGUGAGAAAACCUUCUGUGAGAAAUCAGCUCUUACUAAGCAUCUCAGAACUCACACAGGGGAGAAACCUUAUGAGUGUAAUGGAUGUGGGAAAACCUUUAGUCAGAGAUCAGUACUCACUAAACAUCAGAGAAUUCACACAAGGGUGAAAGGUCUUUCAACAUCCUGA